AUGGAGAGGCACAGCAACUGUUGCGUCCGACCCGCUCCUGGUCAGUGCUGUAUUUACAAGGUACCUAAAAACAUUCGUAGAGUAAAUAAAGAAGCCUACACUCCUCAGUUAAUUUCAAUAGGUCCUCUUCACCAUGGCAAACAAGAAUUAGCUGACAUGGAAAAGAAGAAGAAACAGUAUGUGAAAAGCCUUAUUCAACGAACAACAAUAGAGAAAAUAGAUAAGAUUCCAAGUUUCAUCAGAGACAAGGAAGAACAAAUUCGUGUUUGUUACGUAGAAACAUCUACAUUUGAGAGCACUGACAUAACCCCCGAGGAGGAAGUUAAACAUUUCAUAGAUUGGAGUAGACUUAGUCUACUUAAAGGCUACCCAAGAUCAGAGUCAGCCAAAGAAGAGGUUUAUGACUUACCUUGUGCAGUGAAGCUAAAUGAGUCAGGGAUAAAGUUUAAGGUCCAUGAAUUGAAGAUACCACAACUAAUUGUAGCUGACGAGACUGAACUUCUACUCAUAAAUAUUAUUGCUUUGGAGCAGUGUGUUUACCCAAGCGAUGCUUUGGUUAGCAAUUACGUUGACCUAAUGGAUUGUCUUAUCAAUAUUGAAGAGGAUGUGGAUUUGCUUGUUGGAAAUCAAAUUAUUUCAAAUUCUAUGGGGGACAAUGCUUCAGUGGCAAAUAUGUUUAACAAACUUAAUCAAAAUGUACCCAUAAGCCCCUGGUCAUACUAUCACAUACGCAUGCAGCUCAAACAGCACUACAAAAAUCCUCGGAACAGAACCAAGGCAACUUUGAAAAGAGUAUAUUUCAGCAAUCUAUGGAGAGGCACAGCAACUGUCGCAGCAAUAAUACUUUUGCUUCUUACUAUUGUACAAACUGUGUGUUCUAUCUUGCAAGUUAUUUAAUUU